AUGGAGGUAAGAAUGAUUUCCAGGGAGCUAGUGAGGCCAUCAUCCCCUGAAAUCAUAAGAACCAAGCCUCCCCAGAAGCUCUGCCUCUUCGACCAGCUCACUCCCCUCACCUUCUCUCCCCUCAUCAUCUUCUACCACAAUCCUCACUGCCACAACCCCAACAUCGCCGCCGCCGCCACCACUUCCUUCAUCCACCGCCUCAAAAGCUCCCUCGCUGAGACUCUCAACAUCUACUACCCUUUCUCCGGCCGGACAAACCCAGGCAACCUGGUCGUCGACAGGUUCGAAGAAGGCGUCCCUUUCCUCCACGCCCAAUCCGACUGCCGCCUCUCCGAUUUCCUCAAAAGCCGGCAGCCGGACCUCCUCAACCGCCUCCUCCCUCGACCGCCGUACCACAAGGAACCCGCCGACGUGGACGCCCCUCUUCUUGAGAUUCAGGUCUCUGUUUUCACCUGCGGCGGAAUUGCCUUAGGUUGGGCAGCUUCUCACAAAUUGAUCGACGGAUUCACAAUGCGAUCAUUAAUCCACGUCUACUCAUCCAUCUCCCUCGGCGGCCGCGCCAGAGACAAGAUCCUCGCCGCUCCCCGGCCGAAUUUCGGCCGCGCGGCGGAACUAUUCCCGGCGAGGGAAGACAUCCCGGAGAGCUACAGAACCGUAAUGGAGAAGAUCUGGUUCACUGAGGGAAACUACGUCACGAGACGAUUCGUGUUCGAUUCCAAAUCGAUCUCCAAACUGAGAGCCCUGGCCUCGUCGGGCGGCGGAAAAACAGAGCAAAAACAGGGGAGAAAACCAAUCAAGCUGUCGAGGGUGGAGGCGGUGUCCUGCUUCAUAUGGAAAUCGAACAUGUCCGCGGCCAAAUUCGUCUCCGGCGGGACGCCGAGGACCUCGGUCCUCGUCGAGGCGGUGAACCUGCGGGGGAUGACGGAUCCGCCGCUGUACGGCGACUCGAUCGGGAACGUGGUCUGGUGGGCGACGGCGUGGGCGGAUGAAUCGAGCGCAGGGGAGCUGCCGGAGCUGGCGGAGCUGCUGAGCGGAGCAAUUGAGCUGUACAAGAGCGAUUACGUGAGAUCGCUCCAAGGGGAAGAAGGGUUUGAGGCGAUGUCGAACUAUUUUGACCAGCUCGAGGGUUUGCUGCUGGAAGGGGAGGUGAGGCCGGACAUUCUGGCGUUCACGAGCUGGAACUCGUUCGGGGAGACGAACCAGGAUUUCGGGUGGGGCGGACCGGUUUGGGUGGCGGCUAUGGGGAGGCCGAGCCCCGGGUUCAGGAAUUUUACGGUUCUGGUUGAUUCGGUUGAAGGAGGUGGGAAGAUGGAGGCUUGGAUUACGCUGGAGGAGAAGAGGAUGGCGGUUUUCGAGAGGGAUCCUGAGUUCUUGGCCUUUGCUAGCCCUAAUCCUAUCAUCUCGAGCCUGUAA